CUUUAUGAAAUUGCUACUUGAUGUUUGUACCUUUUGCUGAUAAAUGCGAUGCCGGCAGAGGCCAAAUCUUCUUACCUUUAAGUACGCAUCACAUGAAGAAAUGAAAUACAUAUUGAUGAUAUUUUAUUAGCUGCUUUGAAUUGAUUCAUAUUAACCCUAGAAUUUAACUUUAGGUACCUUUAAUUUGCAGAUAUUCAAUACCUUUUUAUUUAGGUCUACAAAUUAUUAGAUCGAACAAUGUCCCUGGCAAAAGUUAAGCAUAUUCUCUUGGUCCUCUCAGGAAAGGGGGGUGUGGGGAAAUCCUCUGUGACCACCCAGCUCGCAUUAUCUCUUUCGCUCUCUGGAUAUUCCGUCGGAGUUCUCGAUAUCGACCUUACUGGGCCGUCUAUACCGCGCAUGUUCAAUAUCGAAGAUGCGAAAGUUACCCAAGCGCCAGGAGGGUGGCUUCCGGUGACGGUCCAUCCUGCGAACCCCGAGGCCGGUAUAGGCGAAUUAAGAUGCAUGAGUCUUGGCUUCUUAUUACGUGGACGAGGCGAUGCAGUUGUAUGGCGAGGCCCCAAGAAAACUGCUAUGGUCCGACAGUUCCUUUCCGAUGUAUUAUGGGGAGAACUUGAUUUCCUACUCAUAGACACGCCUCCAGGAACGUCUGAUGAGCAUAUUUCACUUGCCGAAACACUGUUAAAAGAUGCAUCACCCGGUCAGGUCGCUGGUGCUGUAGUAGUAACUACACCCCAGGCAGUCGCUACGGCGGAUGUUAGAAAAGAGUUAAACUUUUGCUCGAAGACAGGUAUAUCGGUCGUCGGUGUUAUUGAGAAUAUGGUCGGGUUCGUGUGUCCAAAUUGUGCCGAAUGCACCAACAUUUUUGGAAAAGGAGGAGGCCGGGUCAUGGCAAAUGACUUCAACGUGCGAUUUUUAGGAGGUGUCCCUAUAGACCCUCAGUUUGUUAUGUUAAUCGAAACGGGAAGACGACCGCGAUAUCCUGAAGGGACCGUUAUUGACGGGCAAGACUUCUCAGGGACGCAUCAACAUCGGCAUACCGACUCGUCGCUGGCUGCGGACACGAAAGAGGCGGGUCUACUUGCAAGCAAAUAUCUAGAAUGCUCCCUCGAGCCUAUCUUCAGAAAGAUCACGCAAGAUAUCAUCACAGCCAUCGGAUGAUGUCGGACAUAUUGUUAUCAGCCUAAGUUCUCUUCUCUACCUAGGAUUUUACAUUGAUAUGACCAAAGGGGGCAGUCUUAAAUUAAGAUCUGAUGCAUACACAUGCAGAAGCCAACAGUCAUUUUGGUGGUUGGGCAGCUAUCGUUAUUGCUAGGUAACUUCUACAGGUUCGAUUUAUCGCUAUCAAUCAUUUACCAGAUGCUGGUAGAAAAGCAAGUUUCUGCGGCACUGUUAUAAAACGCCAGCCUACAAUAACCAUAACAGUCUAUAGGUCGUAGGUCGGCCGGCUGGUCAGGGGCGUGGUGGGUGUGGGUGGGUGUUGGUGGUUGGUUGAUAUCCACCAAUGUUGCAGUGAUAGGGCUAUCAAGAGA